AUGCCCCCUGGUUUUGAAAGCCCGAACGACGUGAUCAUAGAGGACGAGACGUCUUUGGAAGAAAGGGCACAGAGUACUCCAUCCCCCCCACCGGUACAAAGCAACCUCACGGCAUUAUCUCAAAGGUUCACACCGCCACAGCUUCUGACGACUUCUGCCGUCAUGAAGGCAAUGGCAGAGUUGUCCAGUAGAAGGGAAGAGGGGAAUCAGAUUGUGGCUGCCAGUACUCCUCCAGGUUCGAUGCCUGUCAGGAACCUCUAUGAAACUUUGGAGUGUGAAGUGAUGCUACCAGUGCCACCAGAACCAAUACUUGUCCGCAAUGAACCUGCUGUGUUCCAAACCACCCUUUCAGGGGUGGCAGCCGACUGGUAUAAAAAGUUACCAGCAGGAUCAGUAUUCAGCUUCCGGCAGAUACAAGAGGACUUUGUAAGACGGUUCAUUAGCAAAGUUGAACGAAAGAAGACAUCAGGAGAGCUGAUGUCGAUCUCGCAAAGGCCGAAAGAGUCGCUGAGAGAAUACCUGACCCGGUUCAACAACGAGUCCAUCACCAUUCCUGAUUUGCAACAGGAAAUAGCAGUUUUGGCCCUGUUAAGAGGAAUGCAGGAAUGUGAGUUCAAGAGAUACUUGGGGAGGAAGUCGUUCACUUCGCUAGGGGAGGCUUUGAGAAAAGCAAAUGAAUACAUCAGGAGCGAUGAGUUAAUGCUGAUAUCACCCAUGGUAGCAGGGAAGAUAGUGCAGCCAGCCAGGAAGGAUCAGGCUCCCACACAACAGCACAAUUACCGAAAGGAUAACAACAGAAAAGAGGGCCUCCAGCAGAGAGGAGGAUUCCAGAAUAGGCAGUCGGUAGGGGCGUAUCAGGUAUAUACCCCACUCAACACUGCCAGAGCCACCAUCUACGCAGUGAACAAAUCAGCCGCAUGGAGGAAGCCGUUACCGUUGGAUUCUCCAGGUAACAAUAAGAACUUUUGUGCUUUCCAUAACGAUCAUGGUCAUUGCACGGAACACUGUAAAGAGUUGAAAGACAACAUCGAAGAGUUGGUAAGGAAGGGAUAUCUUUCCCAAUACAGAGCCCGGCAAGAGGGCCAAGGUGGAAGCAACAGGCAGGGCGGUUCGCAUAGUCACGCCCCAUACAUACCUACUCAACCGGGGUACCCACAGUCCGCUGGUAGGAUCGAGCAAGCACCUCCACCAAGACAAGAAAACCGGUCAUUGGCAGAAACGAGUAAAGAGGGGGCUGAUAGAGGAAAGAGACCCACCAUUUGGGUGAUCUCAGGAGGGACCGUGCACGGAGGAACGAUUAGUGGGGCAGUGAAGAAUCUGAAAGAACAUCGACACUUGGUAAGCUACCAUAGUACGAGAAAAUGGCCAGAGCCACCCCCGUUGCCGGCCAUCGCUUUCACUUCAGAGGAUUGUCGUGGCAUCAUAUACCCCCAUGACGACCCGUUGGUAUUAGAGCUGGAAGUGGCGAACUUUCCAGUCAAGAGAUGCCUGAUCGACGGAGGCAAUUCGGCAAAUAUCAUCUUCUGGGAAGCUUUCGUCCAGUUAAACAUAGACCACACAGAGUUGUCAAGAGUAAACUAUCCUGUGAUCGGAUUCUCAGGAGCUAGCGUAUACCCCGAGGGCAGCAUCCGUUUGCCAGUUCAGAUAGGCAAAGGAGCAUCGGCCAGAGAUAUGAUGGUCGAUUUCUUGGUGAUCAAGGUACCGGCAGCAUACAAUGUCAUAAUUGGUCGACCGUUCAUCCAUGACGCACAGGCAGUAGUUGUUAGGUUAUGA